GUGAAUAUUUGGCUCUAAUUCUCCAAAUCAGCGAAUCUGUCCACACGAACAUAUAUCUGAAGAGAGAACAGUCACUAUGGCUGACAGACCCUUGCAUCAGAUUAAUGCAGCAACGAUUCUCACGCACAGGCUGUGUUGUAAAAUAACGGGCCUUGACGAAGAUGCUGUGUUGCCGCUCUACAUGAAGGCGGUGCGAGUCUUCGGAAGCAAUGUGUCCUGCCCAUUUGAAGCCGAUGAGUUUGUAAUUGCUCAAAAGAUUACAAGAUUGUUGGUCAGACAAGGCAAAGAUGUCGCCAGCUUUAAUCAGCUUCAUAGGAAACUGCAGUCACAGGCUCUAAAGAGGCGGUGGGCAAUGCUUUACUUACUGCUGUCCUUGAGUGAACAUGAUACCAGAUCUAAGGUCCAGUUUGAGAACUCUCUGUUCGCUCGUAACUUGCCUGGAUAUUCCACCUCCACACCCUAUCAUGUCCCUGGGCGUCCACAGCCUGCACACACCCCUGGGGCUGGUAGUUUUCAGUCUGUCAGCCACUCCACAGGCAGCAGUGGUAUCAGCAGUAUUCACAGCCAGUACAGCAGUAAUGACCCCACACCUGUCCACUUGUCAUUGAUACCCAGCUUGGCCUUCACCCCAGCCCAAGUAGCCCAGGGAAACUUCAGCCAGGUGUCUCGUGUCACCCAGGAGCAUCGGGCCCCCUCUGUCAGGCAGGCUAACUGGACAGGGACAACAGAGGAGAGAUUAGCAACAAUAGGCUCAGAUACAGAUAUGGUCCCUCAGAGCUGGAGGUCUGCCCCCACCACUCACCCCACCUUCACAGUACGUGGCCUUGACAACACAUCAUUUGAAUUACCAGAAUCAGAAUUGGUGGAUGGGUUACUUAUGGUUUUCCAGGGAAUUGAAACAAAAUGGGUCAGAUUUGACAACGCGAAGGACAGUUACAAAGUCAACAGUGAUUCUGGUAUCCCAAAGUCAGUGAGGCAGUUGGUGAGCAAAAUGGCAGAGCUAGGAUGGUUAUACAACAAGUCACAGAAAUAUCUGAAUGCCAGAAGUUCAGAUAAAGCUUUUGGAAGAGUAGGAAAGAGCUUUUGUGAAGCGUUGAAGCAGGAGUUGACAGAGUACUACAGACUGAUUGCUGUUGUCAAGGCUCAGGUGGACCAAGAUGCAUCUAUAAAAGGCCUACCAAACUGUGACAAAAUGACCUUACGUAGACUGGCCGUGUGGACGUUCGACCCUCUUAUCAGGCUCAAGGCUUUAGCUGCUCUUGUUGAUAUUUGCAAAGGAAAGAAGGGCGGUGCCCUGUGCUCUGCUAUAUACUCCUACAUGCAGCAUGGAGAUCCACAGAUGCGCAUUUUAGUCAAGCAUAUGCUUACUAUCGUAGCCCAGCCUGUGUACGUCACUUUGAUACGAUGGAGUUAUGAUGGGGAGUUGGAUGAUCAAUAUCAUGAGUUUUUUGUAGCCUCUGAUCCGACUGUGAAGCAGGAACGGUUGUGGUUUGAGAAAUACAGCUUGAGGAAGUCAAUGAUUCCCACCUUCAUGUCUACAGAUCAGGCCAGGAGGAUUUUGCUGACAGGGAAGUCCAUUAAUUUCCUGAAAGAGGUGUGUCAUGACAGGACUGCUAUCGUUGGUCGUGAGGAUGCCAUGAACAUGGACAUGGAAGAAGGUGCAAAGUCAAUGUUUUCCCAGGACACAAACAGUGCCUUUCAGCUGAUGAUUGACACAGUGUACAAGGAAACCAGUCAACAUCUCCUGGACGUGUUUCAUAAUAAAUACAAGUUCUUGGACCACUUGAAGGCAAUGCGGAGGUAUUUGUUACUGGGUCAGGGGGACUUCAUACGCCACCUGAUGGACUUGUUAGAAGAAGAUCUAGCCAAGCCAGCAGGAAAUCUCUACCUGCACAACCUGACUGGAAUCCUGGAGACGGCAAUCAGAGCAACAAACGCUCAGUUUGAUGACACAGAUAUCCUGAAGAGGCUGGAUGUACGCUUAUUGGAGGUUUCCCCAGGGGAUACAGGUUGGGAUGUUUUCAGUUUAUACUACCAUGUGGAUGGACCAAUCAGAACUGUGAUCACCCCAGAGUGUAUAAUCAUGUACCUACGAGUGUUUAACUUCCUGUGGAGAGCUAAGAGGAUGGAGUACAUACUGGCCAUGGUGUGGAAAAGUCAGAUGUUUAUGGACAGGUUAAUAGCUCAGAUCCCAGAACUACUGGGAGUGAAUCAUCAGUGUCAUGUGUUAACAUGUGAGAUGGUCCAUUUCAUACAGCAGGUCCAGUACUACAUCAACUUUGAGGUACUGGAAUGUUUGUGGGAUGAACUGUUGACAAAAGUUAAAGAGGCCAAAGACCUGGAUUACAUCAUUGCUGCCCACGAGGUUUUUCUCGAUGCCAUCAAUGUGAGAUGUCUCCUUGAUAAGGAUUCUAUGGGUAUCCUGACCCAGCUGAGGGCAAUCUUCGACCUGAUCAUCCAGUUCCAAACUGCUCAGGGCGCUUUUUAUAGCGCUGUGGAGGAGGAGAUAGACACCAGGCAGCGCUUCAGCCAGCAGAUGCAGAAGAAAACAGAUGAGGGUAAGUGGGGUGUGACAGAGGCUGAGCAGACAGCAGAGGACGAGAGACGUUCCAGUUUCCUGAGGAGCCUCAUACAGUCUACCAGGCUUCAGCUGCAGGUGCUAGCAACCUCCUACAGGGAUAAAGUUCAGGAGUUCAUCAUGAUGGUCACCACCCACCAAGACACCAGUCUUCGAUUCCUCAUCUUCCGGCUCGACUUUAACGAACAUUACAAAGCCCGUGAUCCUAAGCUGCGAAGCCCACUAGUGUAUCAGCGUCACAAACAGCGAGUGUAGCCACAUG